UUUAAUUAUGGCAUUCAAGCUCAGCGUUUUUCUCGCCAUUGCCUUCUUCUCGCUCUUACUCUGGGGUAACGAGGGGCGUCGUUUCCUACCCUUCGAGAAUGAUCCAUACAGAAUUCGGAAUGUGUAUUAUUACAACGGCGCAAGGGUUCUAGUUGAAGAUUUGACUAACGCUAAGUUGCAAGCGCGAUCAGAUAUUCCCCUAACUGACUUGGCUCUGUACUUGUAUACUAGACAAGGAUCUGCUUACAAAAUAAACAUGACUCAAAUUAAAGAUUUGCAGAUUUCCCAGUUCUACCAACCAAAAAAUGAAAAUUUCUUCAUAAUCCAUGGCUGGAAAAAUUCCCACCUGUCCGAAGUGAACACACUGAUUACUAAAGCUCUUCUGGAAACGAGCGACAUCAACGUGUUUGUUCUAGAUUGGUCUAAAAUAGCGUCCGGAUUAUAUACCACAGCGUUUCUGAGCGUUGAGGGCGUAGGUUCCCAUCUGGCAAACUUUAUCGUUGCACUGGUACGAGAAUUUCAAUUAGACAUACGUAGAGUUGCACUCGUGGGUCACAGUCUUGGGGCCCAUAUUGCGGGAUGCGCAGGUGCCGCUGUCAACGGCACGUUGAGGUAUAUAGUAGGGCUUGAUCCGGCAGGUCCACUGUUCAGCCUGUGGAAUACCAAAAACCGUUUAGACAAGAGCGAUGCCGAAUUCGUGCAGGUGAUACACACGGCCGGUGGGCUUGCUGGAAUGUUAAGCUCAAUUGGACACGCUGACUAUUUUCCGAAUGACGGGACACCCCCUCAACCCGGUUGUGGAAUGGAUCUGAUUGGUGUAUGUUCCCAUUCUCAAGCGUAUGUGUACUAUUCAGAGUCUCUUACUCGGAAUGGGUUUGCAGCUCUCAAUUGCAGCAGCUAUACGAUGUAUCGAGAGGGAGUGUGCGCCCACCAGCAUUUGUCUUACCUUGGUAGACUACCUAUAGAUAAAAGUGCAAAUGGUGAUUAUUAUUUGGAUACUAAUAUGGAUGCACCUUACGGAAGUUAAACCCCCUAGGUGCGAUACGCCAUUUUACAGCGGGACCCACUCCUUUUCCUGUAGAAUUGGCACUACUAAUAAAACAGUAGUGUAUUG